AUGACUUCAACGCAAAUAUCAGCUCGUUACAGCUCUGCUGGCAAUAGUGGUUAUGAUGAUGAUUUUGAGGCUGACGCUGACGAGCUGGAUGCCGAAUUAGAUUUUGGGGUCCAGGCGUCUGACGACGAUGCCACGGGUGCAGAUGCAACCGAUGCGGGUAAUCCUGCCGCCAUUGCUUCGCACGCAUCCCAACCUACCUCAAACUUGGAGGCAACCUUUCAUCCCGGUUAUCCUCAGCCGGUUCACCAUGACGCCCAGCAGAUUGCACCUGGCUUUAAUGCCGUCCCUUCAGCGGUGGCCAUUUCAUUAAUGCAACAGCUCAGCAGUCAGGAUGUGGCGCAGCAACAACAGCAGUUGGCUGCUGCUAUAUCGCAGAGUGUGGAGGCGAUGCGGACUUCGGAGCAUGUACGGCAGCUGCAGGGGGCGGUGGAGGCGCUAACAGCACAGCUUGUGGCAGCGGAGCGGGGCAGAUCGACGGCUGAGGCGGCCCUAGUGGAGCUCACGCAGCGCAUGCAGGAGCAGGAGAAGCGGCUGAACGAGACAUGGGAGGCCAAACUGCUAGAAAAGCAGCGCGAGGUGCAGCAACUGCGUACAAAGGUGCAGCAGCUGGAGUCACAAGGCAUCAAGGAGCUGGAGGAGUCGCUUGCAGCUGCGGAGUCGCGCACUGCAGAGGAGGUCCUGCGCACGGAGCGGGCAGUGCUGCUGGCGCGGGACGAUGCGGGCCGUCGGAACGCUGAGACCGCCACCAAACUGGCCCGGGUGCUGGCGUUAGAGAAGGAGCUGGAGGGUGUGCGGGAGGAGGCACAGAUGCGCGAGGCGGAGUUAAAGGCCCAGUUGGAGAAGCUGCGGGCGGAGAAGAAGGCGCUGGAGGCACGAGCCGGAGGCGUGGAUCUCAAGGCCAUGGCCGAGGGCGAUGUCCUGGUGAAGCAGCUGCGUGAGGAAAUGGACGCCAGCCGCCAGGCUACCCAGGCUCUCAUCCAGGAAAUGCAGGCCAAGCUUGCCUGGUACGCCGAGAACCAAGAACUGCUCAAUAAGAACGACGCACUGGUGGCGGAACAGCGGGAGACCAUACAGCAGCUGCAGGCGCGACUGGGUAUUGCCGGUUUGCACCGUUGUGGCCAUGCUUGCCUGUCCCACGGGAGCCUAGUUACGCUUGCAACGGGGAUAUGUGAGGUCACUGCUUUCUGCCCAGGCGCCAAGGGGUCUGCGACUAACCGUGUGGCGGCGGCUCAGGCCCGGAUCCGGGAGCUGGAGGCGCAGGUAGACCAGCUUAACAAGGCCCUCCGUAGUCGGGCUCCGGGCAACAGCCUGGCGGCGGUGGUUGCUGCGGCUCGGCCGUCCCCCGAGGAAACACAGCUGGUUUCGGAGCUGCGCGAGCAGGUGGAACUGCUGGAGAGCAAGCUGAAAAGCAAGGACGAGGAGUUCGAGCUGCAGCUGCGAUCCUACCAGCAGCAAUUUGAAAAGCUCAAGACGCAAUACUCUGAGCGGGCGAGCAGACUGGAAGCUGUCAGCAAGGUCCGUGGCCGUGUGAAGGAUCUUGAGAGGCAGCUGGAGGACCAGAAGAACAUUUUCCGGCGCCGGGUGCAAGAGCUUGAGGCCCGCCUCAAGGCAAGUCGGCGUCCGCCGUGUUACCUUGCGCCGAUUGGCCAGCGCGAAAGGGCUGCCCAGGAUAACGGAGCCGCGGUGCCGCCGACGCCGGCAGCAGUGGUACACCAGUACCCGGCCUCUGCGUUACAGACGCCCACGAAGGGUCAACAGCAGCAGCAUCAAUCGCAAACCCAGCAGGCGCCCUCCAGCGCAGUGGCCCGGAGGGACGACCUAGUGCCAGCAUCUCAGCUCAGGGCUCGUGAGCUGGAAAUCAAGAAGCUCACGGCCGAGCUCGAACGGCGCUCUAAGCAGGUUUCAGAGCUGCAUUUGAAGCUCGGCGAAUCGGAGUCACGCAAUGUGCGGUUGGCGUCCGAUCUACGCCGAGCACAGCAGUCAGGCGUCAUGGGCCAGUCGCCGCUGCCGUCGAGGUACAAGAGCCUAGCCGUCCUGGGGAUGUCCUUGUCUGACAGGUUGUUGGGUAUUGCAUGGCGUGGAAUCAGGCAACCAAACGGACGCCGGAUUUAUGUCAACGGCACCUAG